UUUAUCAGACGUUUAUUUAUGGAGUUGUUGACAAUACUGUAUAUAUAUAUAUAUAUAAAAUUGGGGGCGGGGGGUGUAUAGGACUGAAGAUCGCGUUGGUUUUGUUGUACGCAUGCUAAGCUGUCAAAAGACUAUUAUAAGUUUACUGCUCUUGGCUUUUGCUGUAAUGGUUUAAUUAAAAUGUAUUUCUAUUCAACCCAUAAGGCUGCGACGAUGGUCGGAAAAAAAGCGUUUAGUGCGCUAGUUUGAAUGGUUUUGUUCACUAUUUUUACAGUCACAUUUAUUUUAUGUUGUGUUUUGGUUUUAAUAAAAACUUCGCUUCCGGGAUAAACUCCGGGUACCCGCACCCCUGCAUGUAAUAACCCGUUGUAGAAAAUGAACUAAUGAAUGAUAUAUGCAAUAGUAUUGUAUAUAUACACAUAAGUCUGAACUACUAGAUAUACUAAGACAUAUACGCAUAUUAGUAUCUAAUGUAUACCACUAAUUAAAAAUUGAUUUUCUUUUGUUAUACUUUCAACUUUUGGAAGCAAGUCUUUUGUUUUGGAUUGCAAAUAUGUGGUAUAAAACAAAGUAUACUUACUUUAUUUGAAGGUGGAACUGAAUGAAUAGAUUUUAUUUUGUCAACUGUAUUGCAGGUUUGUAAGAGUUAGAGCAGUUUGAGAGACGUGACUGCAGAACAUUCCCCAUGACCCAACAUGCUGUGUUCUCCUCUGGAGCCAACGUGUGGCGAUCAUUCUGCUGUCCACGGUCAGAGCUGUGGCUGGACUUGACGCUAGGAUGUGGACAGACUUUCCGGUGGCGUGAAACAGCCGACGGCCACUGGACAGGGGUGAUGGGAGGCCGUGUCUGGACACUGAUGCAGACAGAGGACAGGCUCUGGUACCACACGUACGGCUCCCAGGUCAGCACAGCGAGGCAGGCUGGCAGGAAAUGGCCAGGGGAGGGUGAGCGGCUCGAGACCGUGAAGAAGCUGAAAACAGAGGCUGCAGCUGUGAAGGAGGAGCCGGAGGGCGGCACACUGGAGCUUGGGGAGGUGACCUCUCAGUGGGACGGAGGUGAAGAGGAGACCCUGAGAGAUUACUUCCAGCUAAAGGUGCCACUGGGGGACCUAUACAAAGAAUGGGCCUCUGUGGACCAUCACUUUAAGGACAUCGCCAACAUAUUUACAGGUGUGAGGAUGCUGCGUCAGGAUCCCACCGAAUGCCUCUUCUCCUUCAUCUGCACCUCCAACAACCACAUCUCCCGCAUUGAGGGCAUGAUAGAGCGGCUCUGUGCCAAACUGGGAGCUCCCCUGUGCCGGCUGGAUGGCACCCCCUACCAUGAUUUUCCCACUGUGCACGCUCUGGCAGAUGGCAGCGUGGAGGCAAGUCUCAGAGACCUGGGUUUCGGUUACCGCGCUCGCUUUCUGCAGCAGAGCGCCAGGCAAAUUCUGGACCAGCACGGCGCCGACUGGCUGGGUGGCCUGCGCAGUGUGCCCUAUGAAGAGGCCCGCAGUGCACUCCGCACCCUUCCUGGGGUGGGCUUCAAGGUGGCAGACUGUGUGUGCCUGAUGUCGCUGGAUAAGUCUUGUGCGUUGCCUGUGGACACGCACAUGUGGCAAAUUGCACAGAGGGACUACCGCUGCACCAUGGCAACGGGCCGCAAGACUCUGACAGACAAGGUCUACCAAGAAAUCGGAGACUUUUUUAGAAAGCUGUGGGGUCCUUAUGCUGGAUGGGCACACUCUGUGCUGUUCUGUGCCGAUCUGAAGAAGUUCCAGAAGCUAAAAGAGCCUCCAAUAAAGAUGGAGGGAGAGGGGGAUGAGAAAGAGAGCAUAGGAAAGAUGAAGGCUGAAAAGAAACAUGGAAAAGCGAGAGCUAAAGUGUGCAAAACGUGACGUUUUGGUGAAAAAGGAGAAAGAGUCUAACCUUGAAACGCUGAACUCUUGUUAAGUACUUUUUAUAUGUAAUGUGUAUGUGACAUGUAAUGUUUUUAUAUGUACCUUUUUAUAUGUAAUUCUUUUUUGCAAUUUUUAUACAAAAGUUUUAGAUACUGAAGUUUGGUAAAAAACAAAACAAAAACAAAUGUAUGUACGUAUCUAAUUCUCUUGAAUUAAACUGAUUCCAACUGUAAAAA